GGCAACAAAGACGAUGGCUGUGAUUACUGUCUCACCUGGCAACAGUGCCCACGAGAUCUUUGGAUUUGGGAGGUCCAACCAGAUGCCCAAUGUCUCUUUGACCAAUUCCUCUUUUCCUUUGGUCUUAUAUGGAACAGCCAUUAAUCAUGCCCUGACUGGCCUUGCAAUGGUAUUUGUCUUCAUUAUCAUGUUCUCAGGAGGUUGCAAGAUGGAGAUAUCCAAAAUCAAGGUUCACAUCUUGAAGCCCAAAGGGGUGGCCAUGGCUGCAGUAUCUCAGUUUGGAAUAAUGCCCCUGACAGCAUUUGCUCUGAGCAAAAUCUUCCGGCUGGCUCCAAUGGAAGCACUUACUGUAUUCAUCUGUGGCUGCUGUCCAGGUGGAACUCUCUCCAAUAUUUUAACUCUUGCAUCCAAAGGAGACAUGAACCUCAGCAUUGUGAUGACUGGAUGCUCAUCGCUUUUGGCCCUUGGCAUGAUGCCUCUUCUUCUAUACCUUUACACUAAGGGCUCCUAUGAUAAUAAUCUGGAAGGGAAAGUGCCUUUCAAAGACAUUGUUCUCUCCUUGUUCAUGACCCUUAUCGCUUGUGCUCUUGGGAUCAUCUUGAAUGAAAAGAAGCCAAAAUAUGCUCGUCUCUUGAAUAAAGUAGGUGUGCUUCUCAUGCUCCUACUAACCAUUCCUAUCACUGUUCUGAGUGUGAUCAGUCUUGGAGAUAAUAUCUUUCUUGUCAUCUUAUCUCCACGCCUGGUGGGGACAUCUGUUUUAUUGCCUUUUUUUGGUUUUUCCUUGGGCUAUAUCCUUUCUGCAUACUUCAACUUCAACGAACUAUGCAAGCGGACAAUCUGCCUGGAAACAGGCUGCCAAAACGUCACCCUCUGCCUGGCCAUCCUCAGGAUAGCCUUUCCAGCUGAUGUCAUUGGGCCUCUUUUCUUCUUUCCUGGCCUGUAUUUGAUUUUCCAGGUUGGAGAGGGUCUUCUCCUGGUCGUGAUUUUCAGGAACCGGGGAAAUACAAAAGAACCAAAUGAUUCAACAAAAGUGGACUCUGGAGCUUUUGACAGAACUGAGGACAAUACUGAAGUUGAAGCCAGCCAAUCAGAAACUCUGUUUAGAGUUAGAAACGAACUAAUAUCAGGAAAGUAAAAGGAUGCUUGAAAAAAUGUUCCACCUCAACAUCAGAAGUCCAAGCUAUUGCUAUAUUUGAGGCCUGAUGAAUACAGACAUCUUUAUAUAAAAUACACAUAAUUGUGAGAGGGAAUAAAUACUUCAUAAAUUACAAAUCCAUGCUUUCUCUGUACAUGUUCAUUCUAUGCACCAAUUUAGCCCCAAGGUUAACACCUUUUUGAGAAGAAUUUGUGGUAACUUUCUAUGUUCUACUAUAAUUGAAAAAAUGUUUGCUCCCAAUAAGCAUGUGGGAUCACUUUGCUAAGUUAAACUCAAAUGAUUCCCUUUUGUUAGCUGUGCCACAAAUGUGCAUAACAUUACAGAAAUU